CCGCCUCGUCGUCGUCCGCCGCCGCCGCCGCCGCCGCUGCUGCUUGCUUGCUUGCUUGACUUGCCGCCCGCUCAGGCUCAAGGCUCAACGCAACGCAACGCCCCUCUCGCCGACGGACUCGCGCGCAGGCUCAGCCUCAGCCUCAGCUCGAGCUCGAGCAAGCAAGCGUCGAGGCACAAAGGGCAAGAGCUCAGGGUUGGACCACUCAAGAGAAGCCUGAAAGGGCAAGUCAACAAGCGUUGUUCACAAGUGAGGUCAGACUGUGAGACAGCAUGGAUGCGAAGGUAUGGUAUCAUGGUCUCAACCGUGUCAUCGUCGAGGAACAGUGGCUUCCUUACCACAGGAUCACGAGGUUCGACGUCUUCCUCCCCCUCCUUCUCCUCUAUCGUUGCCCUUGAUAUUUCGCAUCUCGUCGCAAUAGCACCACUACCUUCCUAUUUUGACUCACUCCCGUCUCUCGAUCCCAUCGCACCUUCCACGCUUCAUUUCAUUUGUGCACCGUCCUCUCACCCCCCUGCUUUUUCGAAUGCGCCGCCCGCCUUCGCUCGUCUGAGUCGACUGCUCGACGCCCCUCUGCCAAAGUGCCUGCCUGCAUCGGUGGUCGCGUCUCAGGAGGAGGGCAGCAAGCAGUCGGGCAGCCUAGGCAGCAGGCUAGUGAGAGAGCGAGCGAAUGGCCGCGGAGAAGCCUGCGCCCUACCUCGUCUCGUCCGCCGGCUACUUCGAGCGUCGUGGGCAGGCAGGCGUUGAGGACAGGCAGGGACAACUUUGUCUUCCUCCUCCAAUCUCUCGUUACCACUACCUC